AUGGACAAGUCGAAGUGCCCGAGCUUCUUCAAGUGCAGAGGGAAGGAGAAAGUGACAGCUUCAUCUGAGAAUUUCCAUGUUGGUGAAAAUGAUGAGAAUCAGGACCGUGGUAACUGGUCCAAAAAAUCGGAUUAUCUUCUAUCUAUGGUUGGAUAUGCAGUGGGCCUGGGAAAUGUGUGGAGAUUCCCCUAUUUGACCUACAACAAUGGCGGAGGUGCCUUCUUGAUACCUUAUGCGAUCAUGCUCGCGCUGGCUGGUUUACCCUUGUUCUUUCUGGAGUGUUCACUGGGACAAUUUGCUAGCUUAGGUCCAGUUUCAGUUUGGAGGAUUCUUCCAUUGUUUCAAGGUGUGGGAAUUACGAUGGUCCUGAUAUCCAUUUUUGUGACAAUCUAUUACAAUGUCAUAAUUGCCUAUAGUCUUUUCUACAUGUUUGCUUCUUUUCAAAGUGAGUUACCAUGGAAAAAUUGUUCGGUUUGGGCAGAUGAUAACUGUAGCAGGUCGCCUAUAGUUACUCAUUGCAAUGUGAGUACAACGAUGGGGGACAUCAUCCGAGUAAAUAAAAGCUGGUUAAGCACCCACAAUUUGACCUGCAUCAAUGGAAGUGAGGCUUAUCAGCCAGGACAGCUUCCCAGUGAACAAUAUUGGAACAAAGUGGCGCUCCAGCGGUCAAGUGGAAUGGAUGAGACUGGGGUAAUUGUGUGGUAUUUAGCACUUUGUCUUCUUCUGGCUUGGCUCAUAGUCGGAGCAGCGCUAUUUAAAGGAAUCAAGUCUUCUGGCAAGGUGGUAUAUUUUACAGCGAUUUUCCCCUAUGUCGUCCUACUCAUCCUGUUAAUCCGAGGUGCGACUCUGGAGGGUGCGUCGAAAGGCAUUUCAUACUAUAUUGGAGCACAGUCAAACUUUACCAAACUUCGGGAAGCUGAGGUUUGGAAAGACGCGGCCACUCAAAUAUUUUACUCCCUUUCGGUGGCUUGGGGCGGCUUAGUUGCUCUAUCAUCUUACAAUAAGUUCAAUAACAACUGCUUCUCAGAUGCUAUUGUAGUUUGUUUGACAAAUUGCCUCACGAGCGUGUUCGCCGGAUUUGCUAUUUUUUCUAUAUUGGGACACAUGGCUCAUAUAUCGGGAAAGGAGGUCUCUCAAGUUGUAAAAUCAGGUUUUGAUCUGGCGUUCAUUGCCUAUCCAGAAGCUCUAGCCCAACUCCCAGGUGGGCCAUUUUGGUCCAUAUUAUUUUUCUUCAUGCUUUUGACUUUGGGUCUCGACUCUCAGUUUGCAUCCAUUGAAACGAUUACAACAACGAUCCAAGAUUUAUUUCCCAAAGUGAUGAAGAAAAUGAGGGUUCCUAUAACUUUGGGUUGCUGCUUGGUGCUGUUUCUCCUUGGUCUCGUCUGUGUGACUCAGGCUGGAAUUUACUGGGUUCAUCUGAUUGACCACUUCUGUGCUGGAUGGGGCAUUUUGAUUGCGGCUAUACUGGAAAUAAUAGGAAUCAUCUGGAUUUACGGUGGGAACAGAUUCAUUGAAGAUAUAGAAAUGAUGAUUGGAGCAAAAAAGUGGAUAUUCUGGCUUUGGUGGAGAGCUUGCUGGUUUGUCAUUACACCUCUUCUUCUGAUUGCAAUUUUGAUCUGGUCAUUGGUGAAAUUUCAUAGGCCUAAUUAUGCCAAAAUUCCGUACCCUGACUGGGGAGUUGCUCUAGGCUGGUGUAUGAUUAUUUUCUGCAUUAUUUGGAUUCCAAUUAUGGCCGUCGUAAAAAUAAUUCAAGCUGAAGGAACUAUCUUCCAACGCAUCGUAAGCUGUUGUAGACCAGCUUCUAACUGGGGUCCGUACCUGGAACGACAUCGUGGGGAGAGAUACAAAGACAUGAUAGAUCCUAAAAAAGAGACUGACCAUGAAAUACCUACUGUCAGCGGCAGUAGAAAACCAGAAUGA